UACUGCACAGUAAGGGCUGUACACUACACACAACGAUGCAGGUCACUGCAACAACUACUGACACACAGGGACAACUCUACACAACCACACAUCACACUCCAUGACAUCAUAUCUCUGCACAAGAUCACAUUGUCCCUUUAUCUCCACAUAGCACACAACACACAGAGCAGCACUGGAUAGCUGCACAGCAAGCAACAUAUACAGCAACUACAGACUAUAGGCAGAAGUUCUUCCUGUGGACUUUGAAAGUAAAGUUUGGGACGAUCACAAUUCAGAGCAAUGGAAAGUCAGAAGAAAGAGAUGGAAUUCCUGAGUAACAGCAUUGCUGCAUAUGCUCACAUAAGGGAUAAUCCAGAGUCAUUUGGUCUUUACUUUGUGCUCGGUGUCUGCUUUGGGCUGAUAUUAACACUCUGUCUGUUAGUAAUCCGUAUUUCCUGCAAGCCUCGAACUCCCAGCAUACCAUCCAAACCAAAGAAAACUCCUCCCAAGGACUGUGUGAAGGAGCCUCUCUCUCUAACCAGGGACGAAGAAGAUCCAGAGAGUGAUGACAAUGAGGAAACGUUCAUCCUGAAUCCAGUGACGGAAACAUCUUUGGGAAACCAGUCUUCAGUGGAUGGAACAUUAACAAUUAAUGUGUUCACAUCAGCAGAAGAACUGGAGAGAGCUCAAAGGUUGGAGGAGAGAGAGAGGAUAAUCCGAGAAAUAUGGCGCAAUGGUCAGCCUGAUAUUUUGGGCACAGGUGCUGGCACUAUAGGUCGCGUACACUACUACUGAAUAACUAUUUGAAGCAUUGCUUACGUGAUGUUGGUGCUAAAACCCAAAUAAAGAAGUCACAAACUGACCAGGAGAUUAGUGCAUAGCCAUGGUAUUCUGGCUAUAAAAGGACUGGCACUGUGGACCCCAGACAGAACUGUGGGAUAUAACAACCUUGUAUAUUGGUAUGAUAUUUGGAUAUAAAGCUCAGUGCCUAAUCUGAUAUUAUGACAGACAGCAAGUGGUGAUUAAUAAUAUUAGGACAUGGGUGUUUAAGUUGUUCAGCUUAGAUUCUGCUUUAAUUUGUCCAGUGGUAGCUGGAAUGGAGGUGUCAGGCAAUUGCCUUUCUUAGGCACAGAAAUGAACCUUGCUGGUCCCAUGUCCCAGAAGUUAUAUGUUCUAUAUCCCAGAAGAUUAUAUUUACGUGCAAAAAGGCACACAUGCAUCUAUACUCCCAAUACGCAUAGGUACCAAAACUGAUGUGCCAUGGAGCCUUUUUAUGAGACAGACAACAUUGGAUUGCUAUAUUUUUAUAACCAGAACAUCUGUUAUAAUACAAGUUGCUGAACAUGAAUAGGAUGUUCAAUUCUGUAUGUUUGCUAUGGUUGGUUACUGAUGUAUGUUUAUACGAAAUCCAAAUACGCAUAACACACAUGAGAGAAAAUAGCUCUGAAAUUAAGAGAUGUAGCUCUAAAUUCGAUGUUGUGGUUUAGCUUUGGAAUGUGAUGUAACUUAAUGUCACUGAUCAAGUCAUCGGAAAUGAAUGUAAACAUGCUGGGUUUUGCUGAAAUAGUUAGGAAUGCAUUUGGUUAAGUGAUGAAGAAAACAUAAUGACAUAUGACAAAAUUAUUGGAUGUUUUUUUGUUUUUUAAACCACAAAGACACCCAUGCAUUAAAAAAUAAUGAAUACACGUUGGAGUAUCCCGUAGGAUGCCUUAUAUUGAAGAUCUUUCCUGAAUAACAAAUACAUGGGGUUGUUCAGUUAGGUUUCCUAUAGAUGUCAGUAUAUAUACAAAUACAUUGAAACUUGUGAGGGACAUGACUUAGGUCUAUACAGUUAGCUCAGUGCUAUUUUCUGAUUGUUUGGCAGUUCAGAGGUAAGGUCACAUUAAUGCGCCUGCCUUCUAAGUAGAUCUUUCUUGUUAGUUAUUUUAUUUUUUUACAUUUGGUGUCAUGGCUCUUUUUUAAUGCUUGUACAAGGCACUGUUUUUUUUAUUUAUUUGUAUUUGAGUAUAUUUUCAUUAAAAAAGAUGGGGGUGUCAACAUCCUCAAUAAAAAGCUGGAUUUUGUAACAAUAGCAUAGUUUCUCCCCUAUUUUUAUUGCUUAAUAUUAAGUCAAGCCUAAUAAUCGUAAGAGGAUCGGUAUAGACAUUCUAAGUAUUCCCUGUUGGGUUGGGGGUGAGGGGAGAUAUUAGGUUGGAUUUGUAAAUAAAUCUUCUGGCAUCUUGAAAUCAGGGUGCUGUAUAUUCCUUGUCCCUUUUAAGAGUUGGUCACCAUAUACACAUCACCCUCCAUGCCAGGCGUAGAGUGGUGUAGUAUCACAUUACCUUUCAACCUAACAUAAAUAGUAGGAAGAGUAAGCUACUCAAUCAGUUUGCCUGUUAAACAGCAAGUCUAAGGGACCUCUAUCCAAUUUUCAGAGGAGGAAUAUAUCUCCAUGGGUCCUCCAUGGAGUUUUGGGGAGAUUACGUUUUUUUUUUUUAAUUAUAGUAGACUAUUUGAAGGUCCCCUCUUUUAACAUGGUGGACUUUGUAUCCGCAACACAAUGUUGUUUUUUUGUGAUAUAUUUGAAAGCAUUUUAAAAUAUAUUUUAUGUGCAUUUCUUUCAGUACUGCAUUUAUUUUUAUUAAACUUAGGAGUGAGGUA